AUGGGCAAGACUAAAGAGCUGUCUAAAGAUGUCAGGGACAAAACUGUUGACCUACACAAGGCUGGAAUGGGCUACAAAGCCAUAAGUAAGAAGCUGGAUGAGAAGGUGACAACUGUUGGUGCAAUUAUUCGGAAGUGGAAGAAUGCACGCAAGGUUCCUCUGCUCAAGAAGGCUCAUGUCCAGGCCCGCCUCAAGUUCGCCAAUGAACAUAUUAAUGACUUCGAGAGAGACUGGGAGAAGGUGCUGUGGUCAGAUUAUCAACCACUAAGAAAGAGGAGAAGUAUGUCCCCACCUCCCAUGAUGUCUGAACUGAGGAUAAUUCUGUUAGGAAAGAGUCACUCAGAGACCAGCAGUGUGGGGAACUUCAUCCUGGGUAGAGCUGCAUUUGAGACUGAAGUUCCUCCACAUUCAGUAGAUCAGCACAGUGAGAGAGCGAGAGGAUGGGUGGAGGAAAGAUACAUCACCAUCAUCAAUGCUCCUCAUCUAUACAAUCCAGAACUCACUCAGUCAUCUGAGAGACUAAAAGAGUGUGUUUCACUUACUGCUCCUGGUCCUCAUGCUUUCUUACUCGUGGUGCAACCUCAGAGUUUUACAGAGAAGGACAAAAAACAACUGAAACACUUACUGAACUGCUUCAGUGAUCGAGCACUCAACUAUUCUAUAUUGAUCAGUACUGGCUGGGAGCCUGAAGAGGAAAAAUCUGCAGGUUUUAACAAGUUUCUGGAUGAAAGUGAUGGAAGGUUUCACAGAUUUAAACACAGAGAUAAACAUGACAAGACUUCAGUUUGUCGGCUGUUUGAGGAUAUUGACAAAGUGGUGAAAAUAAAUGGAAGUUACCUCACAUGUGAUAUUUUUGAAGAUGCAGAAGAUACUUUGCAACAUUAUGACAAACAUGGAAAAGAUGAAGAGAGGAAAAGUGCAGGUUGUCCUGAAGAAAAAAAAAACAAGAAGCUAUUUAACAGAGUAGGAAGUGUUGUUAGAAAAGAAAAGCUUUGGUGGAAUCUGGUGGCACUGAAAGGGAACUGCCCCAGAUUUACCCUAAUAGCUCAGCCAAUAGAUUUCCCCCAUGGCUCAUCCUGCACACCUGGUUCCAAUCUGCUCCUCAUCACUCUGCCUUUAAAAGCCCCUGGUUUCUCUCCACUACUCACCAGAUCGUCCGUUGACGCCAUUGCUUUCUCUUCUGAGGACUUUUCUUCCUCCUUUGAUCCAAUCCCGUUUUUCAACUGUGUCAUAGCUAGUGUCACCUCGACAAUCAAGAGCCUCUUUGUACCUACAGUGGUGUACCUCUUUGUUCUGAAGUGGGCCCACAGCUCCAAAUUUGCCUGCCAUCCUGGGGCCAACCAAACGGAGUUCCUCCUGAGAAAACAUUUCUGGUGGCUUUUGCUGGAAGUGGACAUGAGGGAGUUUGUGGCCACCUGCCCUACAUGUACUCAGAGCAAGGCCUCUCAUCAGUCCCCUGCGGGCCUGCUGCUGUCCCAGCCUGUCUUUGAGAAAAAGAUUAAGCUUGGAGUAGAAGAAUCUGGAUCAAAAUGUGAAGAAAAUAUAAAAACAAAACAACUCUUUACUAGACUUCGUCUUCUGGAAAAGCAGAAACUAAAAAUGAAAACCUCAGAUGUUCUUCAACUAACUUCUCUUUUAUUACAUUGCCAAGAACCUUGUGAAAAAAAGGACCUAGUUCAAAGCUUCCUACAAAGGUUGUUAAUGAUGGAUUACAGAGCAAGAUACAUCAGCACCAAAAAAGAAGCCACUGUUUUAGACCCUCCUACUGCAGAUACAGAUAAAGAAGAAGGAGAUGAAUUUGGUAAGCUUGUUUGCCAAAAAGCUGCAUCUCUUGAUGGUGAGAGCCCUAUCCAUCCCAUGGAUCUUCAGAUGGCGGUGUUCCACUGCUCAGACAGUUUCCUGACGCAACUAAUAGUGACUAAACUCUCUCAGUGUCGGUACGCUCUGCCUCUACUGGUGCCAAAUCCAUUUACUGGAAAGAUCGAGUUUCCUCUGUGGACAUUUUGUCAAGUUAUUAAAAGCUGGAAAACCACUGACACUUCUGGUACCAAGAUCAGUAAAACCCAGCAUGUUUAUGAAGCAGAAACUCCAAUGGUGGCGUUCUUCAGGUUAGGAGACGUGUCCUUUUCCAAGUCUCAGCUGAUGAACCUCUUGAUCAAUGAGAAGCAUCAGACGUUCUUCCACAGACACUGUCGUGGCAGCAUUAAAAACCGUCUACUGAUGGAUGGAGUUGUGGAGAUUGCUUGGUACUGUCCAUCUGGAAAUGAAACUGAUCAUUUUACUGACUGUGUUGCUUUCUGUAAUCUACAUGGUGAUGCAGAAACCAGUAAAGAACAACUGGAUAUUCUGACUGAAAUGUCGUCUGUAAAUGUUGUUCUUUUAUCUGAUCCUAAAAAUGAAAGAAAUAAGGAGAUGCUACAGAAGCUUCUGAAAGACCCCAAACAACUCAUAUGUCUCCUUUCUGAGGAUGAAUCAGGUGUCACAAAGACUAAGAAUGGAAAAUACAGAAUUGGUUUAAAAAACAGAAAUCAGUCAGACGUAUCUGAGAACCUCAGAACAACCAUCACAGAGUGUCUGUCCAAGUCAUCUUCAGUUUUUAAACUUGAAAAUCUACACAAAAACAAUGAGAUCAGCACAGAUGAAGAUUAUCCUGAAUGCAGGAAAGGAAAAGAAGCAGCACUAGAUAUAAUGAACCAACUGGAGGGGAAGGAAAUAUCCACAUUAAAGGAAACACACCUGCCCUGUCAAGGGAAGCUCUGGUAUGAGUGGUGUCAGAUAAACAAACAUCGCCUUCAAGGAAACAAUUUAGAAAUGCAAAAGAGUGAAAAACAAACACAAAUGAAACAAAUCCGUGAACAGCAACAAAAAAAUGGAGUCACAAGCUUCAUGAAGAAAUUUAUUUCCUCACUGAAUUCUCUAUCAGGAAAUGAAAAAUUGUUCUUUAUUAAAUGGCUCGAGAUUCUACUGGACAAACAAACUUCAGAUGAUCUUUCAGAUCUUCAUCACAAGUACAAUGAAACAUGGAUAAGGGUUUUAGCCCUCAAAAAGAAACAUGAUAAAUCAGAAAAGAUGAAGGCUGAGCAAACUGAACUUGAAGGAAUUUCUGUAAAACUCAAUGCAGCAACAUUUGGUCUGGAACACAUCUUCAGAGAGAUGGGUCAGAUAUAUGAGUCAAGUCAAACAUUUGGAGAAAUAAGAAUCUCCAAUCUUCCCAAACUUGCUGCAGAACUCAUAAAAUCUGGUCUUCCAAUGGAGCUGAUGGAUGGUGAUGCUGCUCAUGUUCCACUGAUCUGGGUUUCAGCAGUUCUAGAUGAACUCAUAAAGAAACUGGGAGACCAGAGAGUCUUUGUGCUGUCAGUUCUAGGGAUUCAGAGCACAGGAAAAUCCACCAUGCUAAAUGCCAUGUUUGGGCUCCAGUUUGCUGUCAGUGCUGGAAGGUGCACCCGAGGAGCCUUCAUGCAGCUGGUCAGAGUAUCAGAGGAGAUGAAGGAGCAGCUGAAGUUUGACUAUGUUCUUAUUGUAGAUACUGAAGGUCUUAGAGCACUUGAGCUUGCAGGAAAAUCCACUCGUCAUCAUGAUAAUGAACUUGCAACAUUUUUUGUAGGUCUUGGAAAUCUGACUUUGAUCAACAUAUUUGGUGAGAACCCUGCUGAGAUGCAGGAGAUUCUUCAGAUUGUUGUUCAGGCCUUCCUGAGAAUGAAGAAGGUCAAACUAAAUCCCAGAUGUAUGUUUGUCCAUCAGAAUGUUGGUGACAUCACAGCUGGAGAGAAGAACAUGGAGGGUAGGAGACGUCUACAGGAAAAACUGGAUGAAAUGACAAAAUUAGCUGCUAUAGAAGAAGACAGUGAAGCUGAGUGCUUCAGUGAUGUUAUUGCUUUCAAUGUACAAGAUGAUGUUCAGUAUUUUGCACAGCUCUGGGAGGGCAGCCCACCAAUGGCUCCACCAAACCCCUUAUACAGUGAAAAUGUUCAGAAGGUAAAGAGAGCUAUUUUCACAAAUGCUACCAAGUCUCAUAGUAUGAAACUCUCAGAGUUUAAAUCCCGCAUCAGUGAUCUGUGGACGGCUCUACUGAACGAGAACUUUGUUUUUAGUUUCAGAAACACACUGGAGAUUGCAGUCUACAGGAAACUAGAAACUGAGUUUGGAAAAUGGACCUGGUCCCUCAGAAGUGCCAUGUUAGAACAUGAAGAAAAACUGCACAACACAAUUAAAAACAGAAAACUGCAAAAGAUUGAGGACUUUUAUGAUCACCUGAAGAAGACCAAAGAAGAAGUGGAGAAAUCAAUGAAAUGUUACUUUGAAGAGGAAAGAGACAAAGACAUUUUAAUUCAGUGGAAAGUGAGAUGUGAACAGAGAAUUAAACAACUUCUUGACGAUCUUGUCAAAAAUACAAAAACAAACCUGAAUGAUUUACUUCAACAGCAAAAAGCUCGAGAAACUUUUGAUCACAAAAAGACAGAGUAUGAUGAAAAGCUCUUCAAUAUGAGUAAAGCACUUGCUCUACAACUAAAAAGCACAGAAACUGAUGAACGAGUCCUCAGACAGGAAUUUGAUAAAGUGUGGAACAAAUGGGUCACUGAUCUGACACAAGACACACCUGUAGAGAAACCUUUUGAUGUUUGGGAGGAUGUGAUACAGAUUCUAUCUGAAGGUAAUGAACAAGCUGCUGUGUAUGAGCGAAUAUCUCAGGAAGAUUACACAAAGAUACACAGCCUGGGAGAUUAUUCAUGGUACAUUUUAAAGACAAUAAAAAUUAUUCCUUUUGAAGUUCAGGAGUCAGUGAGGAACUUAAUCAAUGAUGUCAUCCAAGAAUCCGAGGACUUAACCAAGAAGAUGUGCUGCAAAAUUACAGGACUGGGGUACAAAAACAGCUACAUUCAGGAAAUAACUGAAUAUGUCAAACACAGAGUUGAGAAAUAUCACAGUGAGAACAAGAAAAUAAAGCUCAAGAAGGAAUUCAUUCUGGAUCUCUGUCUUCAUGUGUGUUACCUUGCAAAUCCCAAAUUCACCAAGAUCCACCAACAGUUCAGAGAUGAACAUUAUGUAAGAAGGUACCUGGAUAAGCAGAAACAUCAAUAUACCAAAAUGUUCCAAAACUACUGCAGAGGAGCAACAACCACAACAGUACUUGGUGAACUUGUCUACAACAAUCUUGUACCAGCCAUCCUGGAAGCAGCCUACAAUAAAACUGCUAUUGAUCUGUCAACACAGAUGAGAUCAGACAUGCCAGAAUUUAAUGGUAACAGGUCACAGCUUGAGAAACACAUCCUGAAAUCUCUGGCAGAGAAGGAGAACUUUGAGAAGUACAUGGAGUACGUCCACCAUCCCAAGAAACACUUUGAACAGUUCAUUACAGAAAAUGUUGAUAAAUACAUCACUGAAAAUAACAGCAAGGUUCUGAAUCUUCUCAAAGGAAACCUGAAACACAAAGAGCAGAACGUGAUGAACGCUGUGAACAUCACAACUGAAGAAGUGAAGAACAGCUGUGGUGAUACAAACAUGUGGCUGAGAAGUUUGAACAAUUCACUAACAGAUGAGCUGAGCUUAAACGAAAUAACCUGCACUGGUCUGGAGGAAAUUACAGAUUUAGAUUUUCUUCGGCAGGUUGUGUGUGAAGGUCUCACAAAGAUGAUGUCAGAACAACAUGAAAGCUUCAACAGUGUAACAGACAUUAACAUGGAGAAGUUCAGGAAGAAACCAGAUGAGAUUCUGAUUGAACAUCUCUGUAAGUGCUGCUCGGCUCAGUGUCCAUUCUGUAAAGCCAUCUGCACCAACACAAUGGAGGAUCAUGAUGGAGAUCACAGUGUCCCCUUCCACAGAGUAAAUGGAAUCAUGGGAUGGUACUACAGAACGACAACAAAUCUCUGUGCUGAUAUUUGUACAACUUUAGUACAAAGUGAUCAAGAGUUCCACCCCAGUCAUGAUACAGAUGAUUUGGUACAUUACAAAAUCUACAGAACAGCAGGAGGAAAAUAUGCUAAGUGGAGCAUCACUCCUGAUAAUUCAGAGCUCCCAUACUGGAAGUGGUUUGUGUGCAGAUUCCAAACAGACCUGGAAAAGCACUAUGGUAAAACAUUCCAGAGACACGGAGAGAUUCCCACUGGAUGGAGACAAUACACAAAACAAGAAGCUAUAGAGAGUUUGGAUGAAUACAUCUGAGGAAUUACACACACAAACUCUACAUACACAGACACAUGAUAUACACCAAUCAACCAUAAAAUUAAAACCACCUCCUUGUUUCUACACUCACUGUCCAUUUUAUCA